GCCCCCGCGGCUCUGGAGCCGGGGCGGGGCGUGUGCGUCAGCUCGGGCUAGAAAAGGCGGCGGGGCCCGGCCCAGCGAGGUGACAGCCACGCUCGGACACGGAGGCCGGCCCGACGCCGCCAUGAGCGCCGCGCUCUUCAGCCUGGACGGCCCGGCGCGCGGCGCGCCCUGGCCCGCGGAGCCCGCGCCCUUUUACGAGCCGGGCCGGGCGGGCAAGCCAGGACGCGGGAGCGAGUCAGGAAGCCUGGCCGAGCCGGGCGCCAUGGCUCCUGCCAUGUACGACGACGAGAGCGCCAUCGACUUCAGCGCUUACAUCGACUCCAUGGCCGCCGUGCCCACCCUAGAGCUGUGCCACGACGAGCUCUUCGCCGACCUCUUCAACAGCAACCACAAGGCGGGCGCGGCGGGCGCCGCCGCGGGAGCCCUGGAGCUGCUGCCUGGCGGUCUCGCGCGUCCCCACGGCCCGGGCACCGGCGCCCCGCGUCCGCUCAAGCGCGAGCCCGACUGGGGCGACGGCGACGCGCCCGGCUCGCUGCUGCCGGCGCAGGUGGCCGCGUGUGCGCAGACGGUGGUGAGCCUGGCGGCCGCCGCGCAGCCCACGCCGCCCACGUCGCCCGAACCGCAGCGCUGCAGCCCGGGGCCGAGUCCCGCCCCAGGCCCGGCCCGGGAGAAGAGCGCGGGCAAGAGGGGCCCGGACCGCGGCAGCCCGGAGUACAGGCAGCGGCGCGAGCGCAACAACAUCGCCGUGCGCAAGAGCCGCGACAAGGCCAAGCGGCGCAACCAGGAGAUGCAGCAGAAGCUGGUGGAGCUGUCGGCCGAAAACGAGAAGCUGCACCAGCGCGUGGAGCAGCUCACGCGGGACCUGGCCGGCCUCCGGCAGUUCUUCAAGCAGCUGCCCAGUCCGCCCUUCCUGCCGGCCUCCGGGGCCACCGACUGCCGGUAACGCGCGGCCCGGGGGCGGGAGAGACUCACCAACGACCGAUACCUCAGACCCGACGGGCCCGGGAGCCGAGCGCGCCCCGCCUGGACGCCGGCGGCAGUUU